UCGACAACGCGUAUGGAUCACGAGGUUUAACCCGUCUCCAAACUUUCGUUGCCUGUGUCUCCGCCAUUGGUCGCGCUCUUUCCUUGCAUCCUUUUAGAAUGUUUUGAUGUUUCUUCUUCUAAGGGUUGUUCUCGUAAUCCUCUGUACCGGUCAAAUUCCUACUGGGUGUUUUUCAUUCUUUUUGUACAGAGGGUUUCUUUUGAUGUCUCUUGAGUUCAGAAAGUCCUCACUCUGUUCCACAUGUUAGUGCAACUUUCAUCAGAGUCCAGAAUAUGUAUUCAAUAAGUUCCAAGAGACCAACAUUUAGGUUAUGGCUAGUUCGGGGCAAAAUUUCAAAUUCUCAUGCAAAUAUCAACUUCGGGACGGCGCCCUCACGUAGAAUAGCAUCAUGGGAGAAGAUUUGUAGAGAAGCAAAGAAAAAAUCCAACACAGACCAAGGUGUUGAAAGCAGCAUUUACACUAUACUCACCAUCCAUAGAUGGGAAUCCCUGAACCAAAUGAAAUACAGUUUGAGGCCGCUCAGGGUUAUUCAUGGUAAGCUUGCGCUUAAAUACCUUAAUUGGGUCUACAAGCAAGAUGAAAUUGCUGGAAUUAGCUCCUUUUGCUUCUGCACCACUGCCCAUGUCUUGGUGAAGGCCAGAAUGUAUGACUACGCCAAGGGCGUCUUAAAGCAGUUGGUGAAGAUGGGAACCGAAUCUCGACUGAUUUUUUGUGACUUGAUGUGCACAUAUCGUCUAUGUAGUUCGAACCCGUCUGUUUUUGAUCUUUUGAUCAGGGUGUACGUGCAGGAGGGGUUGGUUAGUGAUGCUCUAGAGGUUUUCAGGAUGAUGAAGAAGAGAAAAUUUACUGCAUCAAUUUACUCUUGUAAUGACAUUCUCUCAGGGAUCAUGGAGAGAGGUAGAAUGGCAUCCGUAUGGUUGUUCUUCAAGGAAAUUUUGGCGUCUGGUAUCAGUCCCAACAUUGGGACCAUGAAUAUCGUUCUUAAUGCACUUUGUGCGGAGCGGAAACUUAGAAAGGCAGGGUAUUUUCUUAAGAAAAUGGAAGAGUUAGGUUACAAUCCAACCAUUGUCACAUAUAAUACAUUGAUUGAUUGCUACUGCAAAGGAGGGAAAUUUAAGAAGGCAAUGAAGCUUCUUGAUGAAAUGCUAACCAAAGGUAUUAAGCCGGAUUGUUGUUUGUAUAAUAUACUCAUUAACAGUUUGUGUAGAAGCAAUCGAACCAUAGAAGCUUAUUUAGUUCUAAAGAGAAUGAGGAGGAGGCACGUUGCUCUUAAUCAAGUUAGUUACAACACAGUGAUUAAUGGGUUCUGCAAAGCGGGGAAUAUUAAUGCUGCACUUCAAGUUUUAAACGAAAUGUUGCAUUUUGGUGUAAUCCCAAACCAUGUUAGUUACAACAUAUUGAUUGAUGGAUUCUGUCGCAGUAGAGAAAUAAAAAAAGCGCUUAAACUUUUGGACAAAAUGGAGGAGGUUGGUCUUGAUGCUAAUGAGAUAAGCUAUGGUGCUACUAUAAAUGGGCUAUGCAAAGUUGGCAAUUUGGAAGCUGCCACAGGUAUGUUUGAGAGACUGGAAAGAAAAGGCCUAUCUGCUGAGCAUGUAAUAUACACGAGUCUGGUUGAUGGCCUUUGCAAGAGAGGCAACUUGCACAAAGCUAUACAGUUGCUCUAUCAGAUGCUGGAUCGUGGCAUCAAGCCUGAUGUGAUCACCUAUUCUGCUAUAAUAAAUGGAUGUCGUAAGUUAGGCAGGUCAUGCUUGGCGGAGGAAGUACUCUGUAGGAUGCAGAAAGAUGGAAUUGCCCCAAAUAGAGUUGUAUAUGCAACCUUAAUCUCCACAUACUGUAAGCUGGGGAAAGUAAAUGAAUCAGUGAAAGUGUAUGCUGAAAUGAAUAAAAGCGGUCAUGCUGCUGAUUUGGUCACAUGCAAUAUGCUUUUAGGUGCACUUUGUCGAAGUGGAAAGUUGCAGGAAGCUGAAGAGUUUAUGCAACAUAUGACUAGAAUUGGCUUGAGACCUAAUGUUGUUACAUUUGAUUGUAUGAUGAAUGGUUAUUGCAGCAAAGGUGAUGUACUAAGUGCACUUGCGGUUAAUGAUAACAUGGUGAAGCAGGGAAGCUUGCCUAGCAUAUUCAGUUAUGGGAUUCUACUAAAAGGCCUCUGUAGAGGUGGAAAUCUAAAGGAGGCUGUUGAGUUCUUUCAGAAAAGCAAUGGGAACGCUGUUAUAAUUGAUAAUGUUAUGUACAAUAUAUUUCUGCAUGCUCUGUCUAAGGCAGGAAAAUUGAAAGAGAUCAUAAGUCUAUACAGGAAGAUGGUUGAACAUAGUAUAUUUCCUGAUAUCUGGUCAUACAACAUUCUUAUUAAUGCAUUUGUUCAUUGUGGUAAGUUACUUCCAGCAAUCGCUCUUUUUCAACAUUUGCAAGAAAGGGGAUUAUCUCCAAAUGUCAUCACCUACACUUGUUUGAUUGAUGGUUUCUUCAAGGCACGGCAACUGAAAGGAGCUGUUUAUUUGUAUGAGGAGAUGUUGGAAAAGGGAAUUUUUCCUGAUGGUAUUGUGUUCAAUGUGCUAAUUGAUGGAUUCUCUAAGGUUGGAAAAAUUCUGGUGGCAGAAAAAUUAUGCAUGUCAAUGCUAAAUAUGGGUUUGUGUCCAACCAUGGUUACCAACAAUAUUCUUGUGCAUGGAUAUGCCAAACAGAACCUAAUAAGCAGAUCCCUCAGUCUUUACAAUAAAAUUAUUCGUUCUGGUUUCAUUCUUGAUCUUUUAACAUAUAAUGGACUCAUUGGUGGUCUAUGUGAAAGUGGCAUGAUGGACAUUGGACUAAAAUUCUUGCGUAAGAUGGUUCUUGGUGGUAUUAUCCCUGAUCAAGCAAUAUUUAGCAUGCUCAUAAGCAAAUUCUGUGAGAAGUGUGACAUGAAGAAUGCCAUGCUCCUGGUGAACUGUAUGAUCUUAUUUGGGGUCUUGCCAGAUGCAGCGAUCUACAGUUCUAUAAUUGAUGGUUUUAAUAGAAAAGGAGAUAUACAGGAAGCUUGUAAGAUUUUACAUGUGAUGUUGGAGAGAGGAAUUGUUCCAAAGCAUACUCACUAUAUUACAUUGAUUAAUGGGAAAUGCAGGAUAGGUGAUGUACAAGAAGCUUUCAGACUGAGAGAUGAAAUGGUAAAAAUAGGACUGGUCCCUCAGGAGGUAGCAGAAAGUGCUGUGGUUAGAGGCCUUUGCAAGAGUGGAAAACUUGAAGAAGCGAUAGUGCUCUUCUGUAAUAUGCUUCAAAAUGGGUUAGUUCCUACAAUCGCCACUUUUACUACUCUGGUCGAUCGACUCUGUAAAGAAGCCAAGCUUUAUGAUGCUCUUAGAUUGCAUGAGAUGAUGACAGAAUAUGGCAUGGAACUUGAUGUUGUUACCUAUAAUGUUCUUAUCUCAGGUUUCUGUAAGAAGGGCCAGGUUUCUGUGGCUUUUGAUUUGUAUGACGAGAUGAAACAGAAGAAACUUUGGCCUAACAUCACAACCUAUAUUUCACUUAUUGAUGCUCUCUCAAAGGAGGAUAAUCAUGUUAAGGGGGAAAUACUUUUGAUGGAUAUGGAAAGCAGAGGUCUGAUUUCCUGUGAAGGAAGAAGCAAUGAUCUGGAUAAGGAUUUGCUCAAUGCAUGGACAGCAUUGAAUGAUUUGAGGCACUGCAGGAAGAUUAUCCAGUCAAGAAAUAUAAGUGUUUAAUUCUAGUCUCCUCAUUCUGGAACUGGAUGGUGAAAUUAGCUAAAUUUGUUAACAUAAUGGUGAUUGAAGUUCAAUCAAGAAAAGGCUAAAUAAGCUAUUAUAUGAUCUUUCGAUGGGAAAACUUGAUGGCUGAUGGUUGUUGAUAUACUCAAGUUCUCAGAUGAGUUCAGUCAAUGUCACAGGCCUGGAGUCUGGAGAGUGACGUUAUUACGGUAGCAGGGCGAGGAUUCUGGUCACUCUACUGCUAAGGUGGUUACAUGGGUGCCUUUUUGCUGGUUCCCAGAAUUAAGAAAUUGGUGGUUACUUUGACUUGAAGUUCAAUGACGUCUUCAUUUACUUGUGGCCAUUGUAGAAGGGUCCAUUUUCUACAUCUUUGAUUCAUGUUACUUACAAUGCUCAACAAAUAUGAACCGCUACAGUUCAUGUUGGAGGAACUAUUUCUGUUCAUUCAUCGGUUCAGACAACUUGAUGCCCUGGAAUCAUUUUACAGGCUAUGGUUACUUUACAGGUAAGACCCAAAAAGGAAAGUUAUGCCAGCUUUUGGCCUCAACAUCAAUAAGUUGUGCUACAAAGCUUCAGAUUAAUUGCGACCUCAGAAGGGAGAUUGCGCGUGCAUUGAGUAAGCCUUGGCGCCACCACCGUCCUUCACCAUCCACCUCCAGUCCACCACCGGCGCACCUCAUGGCAGUCUUCACCUCCCGUUGCAGAAGGUUGGAAGGAAACUGGCGAUCAUAAGCUAAACUCGUGAUCGUGACGGGAGGAGUGAGAGGGAUCGGGCAGACCAGAACGGAGCUCAUACACCAUCCACGGCUUCCUCUAUUCCCAUUGCGACGUCACCGCGGCCAUCGACCUCGCCCUCGCCCGCUUCGGCCGCCUCAACAUCAAGGUCAACAACGAGGGCGUGAGCGGCACCGAGGAUCGCCACGACAUUCGGAAGGUCGACCUCGGCGGAUUUCAGAGGGAUUUCACCGUCAAUGUGGACGGUGUCUUCUUGGGACAAUCGGCCCGGCCCGGUUAACAAAACGGGCCGGGUCGGGCUUCGGACGUAGUUGACGAGGCCCGGUACCCAGCCCGGCCCGGCCCGGUACCCAGCCCGGCCCGAUAAUAGUCGGGCCGGGUAGCGGGUCGACCUGAUUCAAAUCCGGACCCUUAACGACAUUGACUAAACGGGUCGGGCCGGCCCGGCCCGGCCCGAUGCCCAGGCCUAAUUAUGAUUUAUGGACUCGGAUAUAAAUAAUAUUUCAGUUUCUUAAAGGCUUUCGAGUUGGUUGAGGUGAAAGGUGAGUAGACAUCUUUAGCUCUGUUGUAACGCUGUUGGUUUUCUUUCUCAUUGGUCUUUACUGAUAAAUUGGCAAAUUUAGUGCAGAUAGGAAGAGAACUGGAGUCGCAUUGGGCAUCCUAGUCUGAAAAAUUCUGUUCUGCUGUAAUUCAGACAUUCAAAAAUGUCAACUGAAGUGCGAAAGGGCAGAGAUCCUUAGUAAAGAAAGUUUGGACCUUUACAAGCUCUAAUUGGGAAGAGGGAAAUGGUCAUAAAUAUUCAUCUCAUGGCAUCUGGUAUGUCCCCCACUUUUUCAGCGGUGGCCACUCUUGGAGCUUUAUUCUAUUUUGGUUCACGUACCUCAAGUGCAUGUAUAAAGGUUAUGGUAUUUUCUAAGAACUGGUCGGUGGAGCAGUUCUUUAUCCUAUCAAACUUCAUCUAACAUGUAGUUCCUACCAUACUUCUCUUUCUUUUUUAAAUUUUUUUCAAGGCUGAGAAUUCUUAUCUUUCAGUAAUGGGCUCCUUGUUAAUAUGAGAUUUUUGUGGAUGCUAGGUAAUUAAUAGCUGUUUCAGUUUUUAUUAGCC